AUGUAUCCCCAAGCAGCAGCGGCGGAAAAACUGCUGCUGCCUGCAUGCGGGCAGCAGCUGGGCUCAGGUGUGCAGACACCUGAGCUCAGCGUGCAGCAGCAGCAGGCGCUGCAGCAGCAGCAGGUGCUGCAGCAGCAGCAGGUGCUGCAGCAGCAGCAGGCGCUGCAGCAGCAGCAGGUGCUGCAGCAGCUGCAGCAUCUUCAGCAGCUGCAGCAGCACUACGGAUUCCCUUUCUCUCCUGCUGCUACUUAUUUUGCUGACCAAGGAGACACUUUAUAUUCAGCUCUUCCUAUCGAGACCUACACUGCAUUACCUGCUGCUGCUGCUGCUGCUGCAGCCCAGGCAGCAGCAACAGACGUAGCCAAUGCUGCCACUGCAGCAGCAACGGAUGCUGCGCAGGCAGCAACGAGCGCAGCAACAGAAGCAGCAGCAGCAGCGCAGCAGCUGCUCGCAAGGGCCGCAGCAACAGCAGCAGCAGCAAAUGUUCCCGGCGGCGCUUCCUCCUUGACCCCCCCGCUGACUUCCCAGCAGCAGCAGCAGCAGCAGCAGCACCUGCACCUGCUGCAGCAGCUGCUGAAGCAGCUGCCGCACCCGCUACAGCAGCUGCAGCAGUCCCACUUGCUGCAGGGGCUGUCGCCGCAGCAGAAGCAGCAGCUGCAGCAGCAGCAACAGUACCUGCUGCCGCUGCUUGCGUCUCGGCUGCUGCCUGGCGGCGGAGGCGAGGGCCCCGCGGCGCCGGGAGCAGCAGCAGCAGCAGCAGCAGCAGCAGCAGCAGCAGCAGCAGUCUCGCAGCUGGCCUCGCCGCAGCAGUACGUCCAGGCCCUGCACGCAGCACUUCUCGCCACUUAUAAUGCUUCUGAAAAGACAAGAGAAGCAGCAAAUGAGUUUAUUGUUUAUAGACAAACUCACCCAAACGAUGGCUGGGUGGAAGCCUUAAAUGCUUUUGAAAACGCGGCCAAGGAGCUGCGGCAGCAGCAGCAGCAGCAGCAGCAGCAGCAACAGCCGCAGCAGCCGCAGCUGAUCGAGCAGCUCCAGAAGGAGCAGGAGCAGCAGCAGCAGAAGCUGCAGCAGCAGCAGAAGCUGCAGCAGCAGCGGCAGGCGGACCCGCAGCGUGUGGAGCAGCAGCGACAGCAGCAGGAGCAAGUGCUGCAGCAGCAGCUGCAGCAGCAGCUGCAGCUCCAGCAACUCAUGCACCAGCAGCAGCAGCAACAGCUCCAGCAGCUGCAGCAGCAGCGCCAACAGCAGCAGCAGCAGCUGCCCCACACGCAGGACCAGCAGCAGCAACUGCUCCAGUACCAACUGCUCCAGCAGCAACUCUACCUCCAGCAGCAGCGACAGCAGCAGCUGCUGCAGCAGCAACUGCAGCAGCAGCAGCCCCAGCAACAACUGCAGCCGCAGCAAACGCAGCAACCGUACCAAACACCGCAGCAGCAACAGCUGCUGCCGCAGCAACUGACUCCGCAGCAACUGCAGCAGCAGGUGGAAAUGCAGCUGCAGCAUCGGUUGUAUCUGCAGCAGCAGCAGCGGCAGAAGCAACUGGAGCAGCAACUCCAGCAGCAACUCCAGCAGCAACUCCAGCAAAAGCAGCAGGAAAUGAAGCAGAAGCAGCAGCAGGAGCUGCAACAGCAGCAAGAGCUGCAGCAGCAGAGACUGCAGCAGCAACAGCAGCAGAUUCAGGAGCAACUGAAGCAGCAGCAGCAGCAGGAAUUGCUUCAGCAACAGCAGCUCAGUGAACAGCUGAUGCAGCAGCAGCGGCAGCAGGAGCUGCAGCAGCAGAGGGCCAAGCAGCAGCAGGAGCUGCUGCAACAAAAACAACUUCAGGAGCAACUGAGGCAGCAGCAUCAACAGCAGCUGCAACAGCAACAACUGCAGCAGCAGCAGCAGGAAGAACAGCAACAGCGUCUGCAGCAGCAGCUGAAGCAGCAGCAGGAAAAGCAGCAACAAGAACGCCUUCAGGAGCAACUGAAACAGCAGCAGCAGCAGCGGGAUUGGCAGCAGCAGCUGCUGCAAAAGCAACUGGAACAGCAGCAGCAGGAGCUGGAGCAGCAAGCGGUGCCUCGAGAGCAGCUGAAACAGCAGCAGCAGGAGCAGCAGCAGGAGCAGCAGCAACUCCAGCAGCAACUCCAGCAAAAGCAGCAGGAAAUGAAGCAGAAGCAGCAGCAGGAGCUGCAACAGCAGCAAGAGCUGCAGCAGCAGAGACUGCAGCAGCAACAGCAGCAGAUUCAGGAGCAACUGAAGCAGCAGCAGCAGCAGGAAUUGCUUCAGCAACAGCAGCUCAGUGAACAGCUGAUGCAGCAGCAGCGGCAGCAGGAGCUGCAGCAGCAGAGGGCCAAGCAGCAGCAGGAGCUGCUGCAACAAAAACAACUUCAGGAGCAACUGAGGCAGCAGCAUCAACAGCAGCUGCAACAGCAACAACUGCAGCAGCAGCAGCAGGAAGAACAGCAACAGCGUCUGCAGCAGCAGCUGAAGCAGCAGCAGGAAAAGCAGCAACAAGAACGCCUUCAGGAGCAACUGAAACAGCAGCAGCAGCAGCGGGAUUGGCAGCAGCAGCUGCUGCAAAAGCAACUGGAACAGCAGCAGCAGGAGCUGGAGCAGCAAGCGGUGCCUCGAGAGCAGCUGAAACAGCAGCAGCAAGAGCAGGAGCACGAGGUUGAUGCCAACGCAACCUUGCUGCCUCGCUUGCUAAUGCCGCAGCAGCAGCAGCAAGAGUGGAGCAAAAAUAACAGCAGCCUAAAGGCACAGCAGCAGCAGCAGCAGCAGCAGCAGCAGCAGGAGUUGAAGGAGCCGCAGCAGCAAGAACGGGAGCAGCAGCAGGGAGAGCAACAGAAGAGAGAAAUGGGCGAAACGCAGCAGCAGCAGCAGCAACAAAGACUACAGCUAGAGCAGCAGCUAAACACCGAGGCGCAACAAGCUGAAAUGAAGGACCAAGAGCAGCAGCAGCAACAGCAGCAGCAGCUGCAGCAGCAGCAGCAAGAGCAACACCAGGGUGUGAAGCGUCAGCUAGCCGCCGUGAAGCAGCAGCAGGAGCAGACACACCAGCAGGAGGAGCCUGAAGAGCAACAGCAGCAGCACGAACAUCAGCAGCAGCAGCAGCAGCAGCAGCAGCAGCAGGGUGCUGUCAGUCGGCUGCUGCUGCGGCCUUUAACAAACUUGAGGGAACGCGCAGGGCUGCGGCAGGUGCUGCUGAGUGAAGCAGCAGCAGCAGCAGUGGGGGGCUCUGGAGGAGCAGCAGCAGCAACAACAGCAGCAGCAGGAGGGAGACCAGUGGGGCCUUAUGACCCCUCGUCGGGAUCGGCGGGAGGCAGCGCAGCAGCAGCAGCAGCAGGAGCAGCAGGAGCAGCAGGAAGCACUGAAGGGCCCCUGAACUUUCAAAGUUUGCUUCCUCGUGCUGCUGCUGCUCCUUCUUGUUUGCUGCAGCACACCAAGAUUACGGGGCUGCCUUCGGAAGUGGACCAGCGCAGCAGCUUGAGUGCCUGCCAGGCCUCGUGCCGCGCGGGGCAGCAGCUUGCUGCUGCUGCUGCUGCAGCAGCAGCAGCAGCAGACGGCGCGCGCAUGCACCAAAUGCGAGUGGUCCCCCAGCCCUGCCACUUUGUCUCCUUCAAUCUUGCUGCUGCUACUUGUUACAGAUACACUGCAUUAGCAGCAAUUCAAAGGGCCCCCAACUACUUGUCCACGAGUGCCAACUGCCCCAUUCCUGCUGCGCUGCAGCAGCAGCAGCAGCAGCAGCAGGGGCAGCAGCAGGGGCCGGGGGAGCUGCCGCAGCUCGAGACGCUGCAGCAGCAGCUGCUGCACCAGUUCCUGCAGCAGCAAGUCGCCGGACAAGCAGCAGCUUACGAUUUAGUCGAAGACACUCUCAGCUUCUUAUUUUCUCCUGCUGCUGCUGCAGCAGAGACGCAGCUGCUGCUGUCCGAAGCAGCGCAUGCACCUCAAACCCAAAACCCCACAAACCACUCAGGGGGCCCCCUGUACCCUCAAGAGGGGCCCCCCAGCUCCUCAGGGGCCCCCACCCCUUGGUUUGUGGCGUCUCCUGCUGCUGCAGCACCAGAAACAGCAGCAGCAGCAGCAGCAGCAGCAAACAGCAGCCAACUGUACCCUCUGGCCAGCCAAACUCUCUACUCCUCAACAGGCCCUGAAGACCCCCAAUUGAACCCACGAAGAGCCGCAGGGGGGCCCCCCGGGGGGCCCCCAGAGGGGCCCCCAGGGGGGCCCCCAGAGGGGCCCCGUGAGGAUUUCCUUGAACAGAGGCACCACAAACAACAGCAGCAGCAACUGCAGCAGCAGCAAAUGGAGCAGCAGCGAAGGGAAGAGUCAGGCGAGGCAGCAGAUGUGAAUGCAGCAGCAGCAAAAGAAACAAAAGCAGAAGUUGAAGAAACAGAAGAAGCAGCAACAAGUGCAGCAGCAGCAAAUGAGGCAGCAGCGAACGCUGCAGCGGCAGCAGCAGCAGCAGCAGCAGCUGGGAAGGCGCCAGGAGAAGAGUUAGAGGGGCAGGACAGCGCAGGGCAGCAGCAGCAGCAGCAGCAGGAAGCAGAAGGAUUCCAGCAGGAGCUGCAGCAAGUGGAGAACGCAGAGCAGCAGCUGAUACAGCAGCAACUGCUGCAGCAGCAGCAGCAGAUGCUGCUGCUGCAGCUACUCGCUGAUCAGGAAAUGUACCCAGGACAGCAGCUGCAGGAGGAGCAGCAGGGUGACGUGCAGCAGCAGCAGAUGAUGCAGCAGCAGCAGCAACAGCUAACCUACGACUCGCAGGCGUACCUGCAGCAGUUUGUGCGUGAUCGGCAGAAGCAGCAGCAGCAACAGCAGCAGCAGGAGCGGCACAAGCAGCAGGAGCGGCAGCAGCAGCAGGAGCAGCAGCAGCAGCAGCAGCAGCAGCAGUUGCAGCAGCAGCAGCUGCAGCAGCAGCAGCUGCAGCAGCAGCAGCUGCAGCAACAGCAACAUCACCAGUCCAAUCUAGAACAGGAAAAUUCUUUGCAGCAGCUUUACGAGCAACAACGGUUGCAGCAGCAGCAGCAGCAGCAGGAGCAACACCAAUAUUACCACCUGCAGCACCCCUCCGAAGACCAGCAGCAGCAACUGCAACAACCAUACCCGGAGCAGCAGCAGCAGCAACAGCAGAAUCCUCAAGAUUCGCCGCAGCAGUCCCUCUACUACGAGUAUGAGCAGCAGCAGCAGCAGCAGCAGCAGCAGCAGCCCCUGCCUAGCCUUUUGCCAUCGGAGUUGUUCUCUCUGUUUCCUACAGAGCAGCAGCAGCAGCAGCAGCAGCAGCAACUGCUGCCGCCGCUGCCUAAUGCAGCCCCUUGGAGCACUGCAGCAGAAGGGGCGAAUCCUCCGAAAGAACUGUGGGGCCCUUCGCUUUGGCACCUGACUGACCAGCAGCAGCAGCAGCAGCAGCAGCAGCAGCAGGUGUUGCAGCAGCAGCAGCCGCAGCAGCAGGUGUUGCAGCAGCCGCAGCCGCAGCAGCAGGUGUUGCAGCAGCCGCAGCCGCAGCAGCAGGUGUUGCAGCAGCCGCAGCCGCAGCAGCAGGUGUUGCAGCAGCCGCAGCAGCAAGUGGUGCAGCCGCCGCAGCAGCAUGUGGCGCAGCCGCCGCAGCAGCAGCUGCUGCAGCAGCCGGAGCAAGGGCAGCCGAAGCAGGAGGUGGACGAGUACGCGUUGCAGCAGCUGCAGCAGCUGCAGCAGUUGCAGCAGCUGCAGCAGCUGCAGCAGCUGCAGCAGCUGCAGCAGCUGCUGCAGCAGUACGGGGGGGAGCCGGCGCAACAGCCGCAGGCGCCUGGCGCUGCUCCGCUGCAGCGGCAGCAGCAGCAGCAGCAACAACCCGGGGAGCAGCAGCCCGGAGAAGGAGACGAAGACCAGCAGCAAACUGGAGAAGAGAUUGCUGUGGAAGCAGCAGGAGCAAUCGAAGCAGCAGCAAUUGCCAUUCUUGCUGCUCACUCUUUGUUCAAAACUGGAGACACAAUGUUUGCUGCAGUGCCGGUGGAGGAGCUGAUGCAGCAGCUGCAGCUGCUGCAGCAGUCCGGCUUCCUCCGCAGCAGGGGAUACAACCUUUUAGGGUUUAGGGCCCCCUUCUUCGAAGGAGACAAAACUCAUUUGCUGCCGCCUCCAGGAACUGGAACUCCUUUUGUGGUUUGCACUCAAAAGGGGAUGACUUGCUGCGUCCCCGAAACCGCCGUCGUCAACUGGAGAGAAAAAAUGCCCUACUUGAACGACAAAAACGCCUCGCGGCGCUGCCGCGCCCACUUCGUGUCCGUGAAGAACGCGCUGUGCGCGUCGACGAGUUACCCGCAGGGGGAGGAGCUUUUGGAGGAGAACUUGGAGAAAAAAGAGGCCAAAGAGGCGGCAAAAACGCUUUUAGAGACGGAAAAAGACGCGGAAUUGAAACGCACCGAAAGAAUUAAUGCUAUUGGCGAAAAAAAUAAAGAAAAUCCCAAAACAAUUGACUUCAAAAGUCAAGAAUUGUGCGGAAUGGGAGUUGUCGAAACCAGCACCUUUUGGGUGUACAGACACCUCCUCGUCAUUCCCGACAAAACCAUGAACAACGCCAUUUGCGAAUGCAAACGACCCAAAACACCCAAUGACGAGGUUUCUAAACCCUAA